AUGCCGCGCAAGGUGUUCUUCAGCAAGUUGAGAAUCGUGCACAACUUCUCGUCGAGGCGAGGAGGCGAUGCCUGUCCGGAGGCGCCCACGAGCCCGUUGAGCCCGCGCACGCCGGGCAGCUGCUCGUCGGACGGCGGCGGCGACAACUCGGUGCGCAGGCGCGCGAGGCAGCGCCAGCGCAAGCUGGCAACGGGCGGCGCCGUGCCGCGCGACAUCCCGCAGGGCUGCAUGGCCGUGUACGUGGGGCGCGAGCGCAAGCGCUUCGUCAUCAGCACGCACUACCUGAACCACCACCUCUUCAAAGCGCUGCUGAAGCGCACCGAGGAGGAGUUCGGGUUCGAGUACCGCGGCGGCCUGCACAUCGCCUGCGAGGCCGUGCUCUUCGAGCACCUGCUCUGGCUCAUCGGCAGCGACGACCCCGCCGCGCGCACCACGGAGCUCGAGGACCUCCUCGAGUUCUACGACGUUUGA